UAAGCCUAGAGAAAGGAUUUCAAAAUGAUGGUUUCGACUGCAUCAAAUGUUUCGCCGAAUAUUGAAAUAAUAUUGGAGACCAAUAAUCAGAUUGGUCAAGUUGAUAAGAUGAUGAAUGAAUUUGGUGAAGAGGUUCUCCUGCUGUCGGAUGUGGACGUUAUCCUUAAUGGAAUGAUGUCGACUGAUUCGUCCUGCCUGGACGAUUAUUCGUCUAGCGGCGCAGGAGCUCCUCACUUCUCCUCCGACUACUCUGUGAUGCAUUCUUGUCUUACGCGACAGCGACGAUGUGCCUUCAAGCAAUCCAGAGAAUAACAACAUCAACAACACAGGAUGGAAUGGAGCUUCAAAUGCAUUCAUUGCUCCUCCACAAACCGGGGUUCAAGCUCCAUUUUGUCACCAAAAGAAUACAGUUCCAUCUCCAUUAUGUAAUCUCACUGAGACUGAAGUUUUAGCUUCCUUUAUUCCUGACAAAACUGACAAAUUAUUCAAUUUGAUAGAGACUGGACAUUCAGCUACUUCCUACCAACCCUCGGAGACUGGAAUCUUAGUCUCUGCCGACGAUGAACUGAUGUCGAAGGCUGAUUACUACCAAUGCUCCUAUAUACCUGGAGAAGAAGAACAUUUCGAGUUCGAAACUCCGGACGGAAACUCCGUUCAAGAUUCGAUAAAUCCUAAUUUAUCGUUUGGAAACCAGUUUUCCAGUGACAUUCAAGGUUAUUCUGCCAAUAUCCAUGACGGUCAAGUUAAGCCUGGUCCUGGAGGUUCAAUUCAUGCCAGUUUUUCUCCAAGCUCUAUCUUCAGCACAUCAUCUAGCUCAUCCUCCAGUACACCAAGCUCUGGCUGUGCAUCAGCUUGCAGUACACCAAGUUAUGGCUGUGCAUCAGCUUGCAGUACACCAAGUUCGGGCUGUACAUCUCUCAUUUCUGCUGAACAACAACUUUUAUUAGUUUAUCCUGAUGAAGUUGGUGUUAAACCGUUCUAUGCCCCUUGUAUCAUGGUACAGCAUGUACCAAACAGUGCAGUACAUGUUGGCCAAACUCCUGUACAUGGAGUUGUUCCUCAAACUGGAGUUCAUCCCAAUGGCGUGUCGAAAAAUGCUUUAAGGUGCAAAGAAUACAGAAAAAGAAGUGUCGUGUGUAUUAGCAAUAUUGCUGUACGGAUUAACUGCUGCAACUGUGGCUUUAAUUAAUCGUGUAUCUCUGGAUCGGAUCAGGCUCAAGAAUAGAAAGAAGAAACCAAGAGUAGAAGCAAUAAGGAUGGGGAGCUUGCUGCAAAAUGAUGAUGAUGAAAAUAGGGAUAGAUAACCCUUUUGUUCAACACUCUGCUCCCCCUUCCCCAUUUGUAAUAAAUAUCAAUAAUAAUUAAUAUGUCUAGCGGUCAGUUGUAUUUUUACCUGUACCAUUAAACCCAAAAUAUAGAUUAGUUGGAUAUGAA